CCAGAACUCUCCAGUUUUCCUGUCCCCCGAACCAUAGAACGUCGCCUCCCAAUACGUGGAAAGCAUCCCCCCCCAACUUUGGUGGUGGCCUUCUGAGCCAACCGAUUAUCUAUCAUCUCAGCUCUCGACUACUUGAGUGGCAAAUCCUCUCCUGACGUCCACCACAUUACAUUAUGUUCAUGCACCCAUCAGUACGUAAAGGUGACACAGAACCAACCUCCGUUCCCUUCAUCAACUAUCCCGACUCCGUCUUCAUCCAAGACGACCAGUACCUUCCCGAGUACUCUCAAGACAUCCCCUUCCAGUUUCUCAGCCAGGAGCAACCGCGCCUACAGUCGCCUUUCCACUAUCGCCAGGACCUGACCUUUGUCUCUCCACCAAACUCCGUGCCAUCGUCUCCUACUACCUCGUCACCAGCCUCCUCCAUCUCUCACUUUCCCGCCACAACGGCAGCUUCUGCUAAUUACGCUGCCGUCUUUGACGGGUCGUCAUCCUCCUUUGAAGCACCGUCAAUGACCCCUGCUCCAUCCUACAACCCUGAGAUUCACAUCCAGCACUCCGGUUCGCCGCAGCCGCAGUCGUACCUGCCUCAAUACCAGCCGCAGCAAUUCGUCUUUGACAACUCUCAAAUGUUGGCGCAACAGUACAUCAACAACCACGGGUGGGAAAACAACGCGCAGCUGUCUACCCCAGCUCAUGCCCACGCUAUCCCGCGCAUGGCACACCAGUACACCGCUUCACAGCAGCAGACACCCAACUCAUCAUUAGGGCGGUCGCCAGGGAACUCAUUCAACGGCAACAACUACAACAGCGCUUCCGCAAAGCCUCUGCCUACGCCGGUGCACACCCCUGUACAACAGACGUUCCUGACUCCUCAGUUCCAGAAGAACGAUCUGUCGCAAGAUGGUAGCUACUCCUUCAUGGCGGAACAGCAACAGAACCAGCCACAGCACCAGCACCAGCCAAGCGACCACUCUCACACGGCAUCCGUCUCAACUGUGAGCCACAACUCUCCUGUCACUCCUCAGAACCACUAUGAGGAAACUGACGACAGCUCCAAAGCUGCUGGCAAUGGUGAGACCCAAUUCCCCGCCGAUGAUCGGUGGCUGGAUGAUUACUUACGUUUUGACCUCCCUCCAGAGUACAACGCUGCCAGCGGCCUUAUCCCCAAGCUCAACCGCACAAUGACCGACAUUUACCAGGACGAGCUGCUCAACCCAGCUGCCGUGACCACGCCACAGGCUGCAAACCAGUCUUCCAGCCAGCAGCACGCUUUACUUGCCCCAUCUUACCCCAACAUGAUCGCGAACCGUCUCCAGGCCGCAAACUCUGCCCGAACUCAAUCACCCGUUGGUUCAAUCCACCGAGAGCGCUCUCCAUUCAGACAGAACUCUCCCCUGGCAGCAGAAUACGAGAAUGACGCUUUCCGACAGCAGCAGGCAGUAACCAGCGUGCCCACAAGCCAAAAUGGAAUGUCUAUGCAGCCCCAGCCUCAACCUAAGCAGCCAAAGACGAUCUCGCCCAAGGAUGCAGUGUUGAACGAUUUCAACGAGGGUGACGACCAUGGUCUGCACAUGCCCUACCAGCCCGACUUCAAUCUCGGUGAUACCCUUGGGCUGCGACAGGACAACACCUUCCAAGCCCCGAGUUUCCCCUCGGUGGAUUCGUUCCCUGCGCAAUUCAACCAGGCGCCAAACCAGCAGUUCUCAUUCAACCACCCCGAACAGAGUCGCAGGCAGUCUCUACAGCAGCAACAGAGCUUCUUACACCAGACCCCGGAUUUCCCGGCGUCAAUGCCUCGCUUUGAGUCUACGGGAAGCGAUGUUUACUCUAAUGACAUGGCCUCGCCUUCUAUGUCCAGGACAGUCCAGCGACCGCAAAACACUUCUGCGGAGGGUGGCACGUACACUUGCACAUACCACGGUUGCACACAGCGUUUCGAGACACCCUCAAGGCUGCAGAAGCACAAGCGUGAGGCGCACCGUCAAACCACACCGGGCGGGCAUCACAUGGUUCCUCGCGGCGAUGUCUCGUCACGCAACUCACAGGCUGGUCCCCACAAGUGUGAGCGGACGAAUCCUUCGACAGGGAAGCCCUGCAACUCAGUAUUCUCCCGACCUUACGAUCUUACGCGGCACGAAGACACGAUCCACAAUGCUCGCAAGCAAAAGGUCCGCUGUCAUUUGUGCACCGAGGAAAAGACUUUCUCGCGCAAUGAUGCCCUGACACGGCACAUGCGGGUAGUGCACCCCGAAGUUGACUGGCCAGGCAAGCAGAAGCGCAGAGGGCGCGAGUAAAGCGCAUCCCUCCCCCAAAAGGGGGAGCAAGCAUGCGACGAACCCGCAAUGCUGGACCCUUGGGUUUGUGGCAGAACAAUCCUCCUCG